AUGACCACAAAUGUCCAAUUUCUGCAGUUUGAUGACGUUUGUUGUAGCUAUGACAUUAUUAUCGCGUGGCUAAUGUUCGGCGAAUAUAUUCCGAUUUGAUUUAUAGUCCAUCCGCGUUUGGCAAGGAAACUCGCACGGCACGAUCCAUUGACAGCUCAGUGUUGGCAAUUUAUCAUCUUUAUCUUCUUUGAACUUUUCCACUUUCUCUAGCUAAAUUAGGUUAUUAAUAUAUGUAGCAAACAUCUCUUUCUUUUCGCUUAAUAAUGCAGGUAUGCAUUUAACUGGCUAUAUCGUUUUGUUGCAUGCAUGAAAAUGCAUCUUACUGAGUAAUCGACCAUGUUUUGGUUUGAUUGUCAGCUAGCUAACAUGAUACGUGUUAUUUAGCUAGCCGAGCAGAAGCAGGGAUUUGACUGCGUACCCUGUCCUGUCAGCUAGCUAGCUAGCUGUCUUUCUAGUGCGCUUGGCAUUCCAUAGUACACAUUGGGAAUAAAUAGCACCAACAUGUAUGCAAGAGAGGAAAAAGCCCCAGAGAAGUGUGAAGCCACCUCCAGAAGGAGCCAAAUCAAACCCUUCCAAGAGGCACCGGGAACGCCUGAAUGCGGAGUUGGACAGGCUGGCCAGUCUGCUUCCUUACCCCCAGGAUGUCAUCUCCAAGCUGGACAAACUGACCAUCCUCAGGCUUUGUGUCAGCUACCUGCGUGCCAAGAGCUUUUUCAAUGUGACCCUACAAUCCACAGCCUCUCAGCGCCCAGAGAGUAAUGUUCUGAAGAAGAAAGAACUUCACCUUCCAGAGGGAGAGCUCUUACUGCAGGUGUUGAAUGGCUUUGUUCUGGUCAGGUAAGUCACAGCUGGUGGCACAAUCUUCUAUGCAUCCUCCACCAUCCAGGACUACCUGGGCUUUCACCAGUCAGACGUCGUCCAUCAGAGUGUUUAUGACGUCAUUCAUAUGGAGGACCGAGCAGAGUUACAGAGACAGCUCCACUGGGCCCUGAACAACCCUGACACCGGACAGCUGGUCUCAGAUCCAGCCUCGCCACAGGCUAACACAGUCUACAAGCCAGAGGCACUCCCACCAGAGAAUUCCACCUUCCUGGAACGCAACUUUGUCUGCAGGUUAAGAUGUCUCCUGGACAACUCCACUGGCUUCCUAGCCCUGAACAUCCAGGGGCGUCUGAAGUUCCUCCAUGGCCAGAGCGAGAGGACAAAGGAGGGCAAGGCCAUCCCUCCUCAGCUGGCUCUGUUCGCCCUGGCCUCUCCCUUGCAGCCCCCCACCAUCCUGGAGAUCCGCACCAAGAACUUCAUCUUCAAGACCAAGCACAAGCUGGACUUCACCCCCAUUGCCUGCGAUGCCAAAGGGAAGAUGUUGCUGGGUUACACUGAGGCUGAGCUGUGCAACCAUGGCUCGGGAUACCACUUCAUCCAUGCUGCUGACAUGCUGCACUGUGCUGAGAACCACAUGAGGAUGAUGAAGACCGGAGAGAGUGGGAUGACAGUAUUCAGGCUGCUGACCAAGCUGACUGGCUGGGUGUGGGUGCAGGCUAACGCCAGACUGGUCUACAAGAACGGACGGCCUGAGUGUAUCAUCGCAUCCCAAAGAGUCCUCACUGAUGAAGAGGGAGAGGACAACCUAAGGAAGCGGAGCCUCCAGCUGCCUUUCAGUUACACCACUGGGGAGGCUCUUCUCUACAACACCAGCUUCCCCAAGACUCUGGUAACAGGGGACUCCUUAGCAGGCGGCACCACCAGCCCUGCAGGAAAUAUCACCAACGACAACCAGGGUGGAACCCUGGAUCCUGACUCACUGCUGGGCUCUCUGCUGAAACAGGACAAGUUCAUCUACUGCUGCUCCCCUCACACUCAGAACGAUCUCCAACUCCCUCUCCAACUCCAGGAGGAGGUGGCAGGGGUUCCACAGGAGGAGGUGCCAGGGCUUCCACAGUGGGAUUGUGGGGGCAUCUUCUCCAGCAGCUGGCAGGAGGGCAGCAUCCGCUCUCUGUCGGAGAGUGUCCUCUUCAAGCAGGAGCCGUUGGGGGUCGGGGGUGGAGGGGGAUCGACGGCUUCUCAUCGGAGGACAGGUAACUGA